AUUUGGUGGCAGCACCAGCUUUGCUCUACCAGCGCUCAAAAAUAGUACUGACGAGGAAGACAUUUCAUAACCCUGUGUCUUGUACAAACCAAUUACUGAAAGUACUGAAAACCAUGCAAACACGAUUAAGGGAAUGACAGUCAUUUGGGAGCGGGAUAUCAAGGAUGAGGAUAGCUGUUCUUGGAGCCACUGGGCAGACAGGGCAGUAUUUGGUGAAGCAGGCUAUCCAAAAAGGAUACGGUGUCACUGCCGUUGUGCGGAACCCGGGGAAACUUUUAGUUUGUCAUGAGAACCUGAAGGUAGUUAAAGGAGAUGUGUUCUCAAAAGACAGUCUGAAGCGCCAUUUAGAAGGCCAUGAUGCGGUUAUCUCCUGUCUUGGGUUUCCUAUCUCUCCUCUCUUUGGGGUCACUGGAUAUACCAAGUCCAUGCGAGCAGUUGUUUGCGCAGCACAAGAGGUGGGAGUGAACCGGGUCAUCACUAUGACAUCAUGGUAUACUGACCCCAACUCUUUGACAGGCACUGCUUCUGUCUUCAGGCUCUUUCUGCUGACGACCAUACAGAGCGUGCUCAGCAACAUGUAUGAGAUGGAGCACUAUUUAAAGCAAGUCAAUAAUAUCGACUGGACAGUUGUGCGUCCUCCAGGUCUACGGAAUGAGCCGGCUACAGCAAAAGAGUUCCUGACCCGCGAGGGUUACUUUGUCCCAGAUUCUAGUGGACUUCCCAUUGGACGUCAUGCUGUAGCCAGGGGCGACGUUUCCCGGUUCAUGUUGUCUGUGUUGGACAGCAACUCUUGGAUAAAGCGAGGAGUCGCUAUAACAACCAAGUAACAAUGUAUGUCAGAAAUUGUGACAAAAUAACAAUCAAUAAAAGUUGCAAACAUUUGAACAGAA